AUGUCACACAUUGAAGAAGUAGCAUCCGACCACUCCGAUCACGACCAUGAUCACGACGACCAUGAGCACGACCAGGAGGAGGACCCCACUUCCGCUGCCGCUCUCGACAAAAUCCAGUCUCGUUCCGAGCGCAAGGCCCGUAAGGCUCUGCUCAGCCUUGGCUUGAAGAGGGUUCCCAACAUCACCCGAGUGACGCUGCGAAGACCGAAGAAUGUCCUCUUCGUCCUCGCUUCCCCGGAUGUAUACAAGUCUCCAAACAGCGACUGCUACAUCGUCUUCGGCGAGGCCAAGAUGGAAGACAUGAACUCCCAAGCCGGGCUCGGGGCUGCUCAGCAAAUGCCUUCUGGUGGAGGUGUUCCUGAACUCGAGCGUUCUGCCGCUGGUGGGGCCGACGACGACGACGACAUCCCAGAGCUCGAGGCUCCUGAAGACGAUGGUCCCGUAGAUGAGACGGGUAUUGACCAAAAGGACAUCGACCUUGUCAUGCAGCAAGUCAACUGCUCGCGUGCGAAGGCUGUCCGCGCACUCAAGGAUUCAGGAGGAGAUCUCAUUAAUGCUAUCAUGGCUGCUAGCGAGUGA